AUGUCUAAUAAAGAGAUAACUUGUAUCAAACCGUUUAAAAUUAUUGCUCUAAUUUUAUUGAUAGUUCUAAUAAUAAACCUCUCUUAUAAGUUAUUUCUGAGACGCUAUUUAAAGUCGACAGUUAUUUGGUGUUUAGGAAUCGCCAAUACAGAUCGUAACGAUAUGAUGUGGUGGCAAGUCUCGCCACUAUUAGAGCGCUGGGUUUGGCAGUUAGUUGACAAUUAUGAAUCCGGGUACGAAUAA